GAGAAGUCGGGUCCAUCUGCGAUGCUAACAGGAUCCAGGGGUGAAGCAGGAUCACGAGGACUUCCAGGACCACCUGGACCACCAGGUCCUGCUGGUGGUCAAGGAAUUCCUGGAGAAGCUGGAGAUCCAGGGACCAAUGGGGGAGCCGGGUCAUCGAGGACCUGAUGGACCACCAGGAAAACCUGGACUUGAUGGACAACCCGGACCUGCAGGAGCAACCGGAGAACCAGGAUAUCCAGGAUCAGCGGGUGCAAGAGGAUUCCCGGGACUUCCAGGUAAUCCAGGACUGAGAGGGCACAAAGGACACAGUGGACUUCUUGGACCAAGAGGCGAGACUGGAGCAGCUGGAGCGAAGGGUGCUUCUGGUACUCCUGGUGCAAUGGGAGCUCCUGGUCCAGUGGGACCACCUGGGAUGCAGGGAGAAAGAGGCCGAGCCGGAACGACCGGCCCUGUGGGUAAACGUGGCACACCCGGCCAUGUUGGUAAACCAGGUCCUCUGGGGCCAAUAGGAAUCCCCGGUAUACCAGGAUUUCCCGGUAGCCCUGGAAUGAAGGGUGAAGCGGGACCAACAGGGGUCAGAGGAAGUCCGGGACAGCAGGGGCCAAGGGGCGACGUUGGGCGUGUCGGGCCACCUGGACCCAUCGGACAGCAGGGCGCAUCAGGACAGGAUGGAGCUCCGGGUCCCCGCGGCUCAGCGGGUAUAGCCGGUCUCCAGGGUCCACCUGGUAUGGUUGGUCCCCCCGGCCCCCCCGGCCCCCAGGGUUCAACAGGAGCUCUUGGAGCAAAAGGCCAACUGGGUGAUGUUGGAGCUCCUGGAUUCAAGGGAGAGGCUGGAGUGAAGGGAGAGCGAGGUGACCAUGGUGCACCAGGUCCCUUAGGCCCCAUGGGAGAAGAUGGAAAGCGUGGACCCCGAGGUGAUGCUGGAUCCAUCGGGCCUCCAGGACCCCCAGGAGAGACAGGACCACCAGGAAAUAGGGGUUUCCCUGGUGCUGACGGUUUACCAGGUCCAAAGGGAGCCCAGGGCGAGAGAGGGCUGCCAGGAUCUUCAGGCGCCAAAGGUUUAUCUGGAGAUCCAGGACGCAACGGAGAAUCGGGCUUGACAGGAGCUCGGGGUCUCACAGGUCUCAUAGGUGCCCAGGGAGCAGAGGGGAAGCAAGGACCGGUGGGAUCCGCUGGAGAUGACGGCAAACAAGGCCCAGCCGGUUCAACUGGAAACAGAGGCCCAGCUGGACCGAUGGGCCUGCCGGGACCAAAGGGCUUCCUAGGUGACGCUGGGAAGGCUGGAGAAGCUGGAAGUCCAGGAGCUCCAGGUCAAAGGGGACCAAAUGGAAAAGAUGGAGAGAGAGGCGCCGCUGGUCCACCUGGCCCAGCUGGUCCUGCAGGGAAGAGAGGAGAGCAGGGAUCUCAGGGAGUGUUUGGCUUCCAGGGUUUGCCUGGAACACCAGGCCCACCUGGAGAGUCAGGAAAGCCAGGUGACAAGGGUCUUGCAGGAGAGAUUGGUGAAGUUGGCGCUACAGGACCAAGAGGAGAGAGAGGUUCCCCAGGAGAAAGAGGUGAAACUGGGCCCAAUGGGCUGCAGGGACCCAAAGGUAGUCCAGGUGCACCCGGACCAGAUGGGCCAAAGGGUAGCCCUGGAUCCAAGGGUGCUGCUGGAGAGCCAGGAGGUCCAGGACUUCAGGGGAUCCCAGGAGAAAGAGGCAUACCCGGACCUUCAGGCCCGAAGGGAGAUGCUGGCGCUACUGGAGAAAAAGGACCAGAAGGAAAGGCGGGGGCUGAUGGAGCGAGGGGGCUUCCUGGUCCCAUUGGACCUGCUGGUCCCAGUGGACCAAACGGAGUGAAGGGUGAAACCGGCCCAUCGGGACCAACAGGGCGCAGAGGAACAAGAGGAAUCGCUGGAUCUACUGGUGAGCCUGGUCCGACUGGUGCUGCUGGCUUCCCUGGACCUCCUGGUCCUGAUGGUCAGCCUGGGGUCAAAGGUGAAACAGGUGAGCCAGGUCUGAAGGGAGAAGCAGGAUCACCUGGACCUCAGGGCGUGGCUGGAAAACCAGGAGAACAGGGACCUGUUGGUGUGACCGGGCUGAAAGGUGGCAGAGGAACAAAGGGUCCAACGGGCUCCCCUGGUUUUCCUGGAUUGCCUGGAGGAGUUGGUCCACCUGGUCCUCUUGGUGCAGUUGGAGCAGACGGGCCUAUAGGUGCUCCAGGAAAACAGGGUCCUUCCGGGAUUCGAGGAGAGAAUGGAGGUCAGGGACGUCAAGGCGAGCAAGGACCUCCAGGGCCACCCGGCGGAACUGGAGAGAAAGGAGACUCUGGAGAGGACGGUCCUCCUGGUCCUGAUGGGCCUCCGGGACCUGCUGGCGCCACAGGGCAGCGAGGAAUUGUCGGCCAGCCCGGAGUCAGAGGAGAGAGAGGCUUGCUGGGACUGCCAGGUCCUGCUGGUCCACCAGGAAAAGCAGGAGCACCUGGACCUCAGGGCAGCACUGGUCCUCCUGGGGGUAUCGGUUUACCAGGAGCCACUGGGCCAAGAGGAGAUCCCGGACCCGAGGGUAUUGCUGGAGCUGAGGGGCCUCCUGGUAAGGACGGCCUAGUUGGAGAAAGGGGUGACAGGGGCAAUCCUGGCCCAGAGGGUCUGGCUGGUGGUCCAGGGUCUCCAGGUACUGAGGGUCCAGUGGGAAUAACAGGCAGUCCAGGUCAAAUGGGUGAAAACGGUGAAAGAGGCCCUCCUGGACCCCAAGGACAGCCAGGAAUACGGGGAAAAGUUGGCCCUCAAGGACCACAGGGGGACAAAGGAGCUGCUGGAGAGCCUGGUGAGAGGGGUCAGAAAGGUCACAGAGGAUUCACCGGGCUCCAAGGCCUGCCAGGAAUAGAAGGCGCCACAGGAGAUGCAGGAGCUAUAGGAGUUGUUGGACCAAGUGGACCGAGGGGGCCUCCUGGAGUGGUCGGUCCUCCAGGUAAGGAAGGAAACAUUGGCCACCCUGGAGCUAUGGGUCCUCCUGGAAGCAGAGGGAGCAGUGGAGACGUCGGAGCACAGGGCCCAACUGGUGAACCAGGACCCCCCGGCCCUCCAGGACCCCCAGGACCUCCCACCUCGCUUUCCGAAGACCUUUUUGCUGGCCUAGUCGAUUAUGAAGCACAAGGAAUUCCUGAAGCCGUGGAAUUCAUUGAGGACGCUUUUGCCGCCGAACCUCCUCUGCUUCCCGAGUUCAACAAAGAUGAAGCCCUUCCCAACAAGAACUCGGCCACACUGCGGGCAGACACCGGCAUCCAUGCCACGCUGAAGAGCCUCAGUGGAAAUCUGCAGAACUUCCGCAGUCCCGACGGCAGCAAGAUGAACCCUGCAAAAACCUGCCAGGACAUCAAGAACUGCUACCCACAGAAAAGCAGCGGUCAGUACUGGAUUGAUCCAAACCAAGGAAGCGUAAAAGAUGCCAUCAGGGUCUUCUGCAAUAUGGAGACUGGUGAAACCUGCAUCUCUGCCAACCCACCCAACAUUCCCCGCAAAGCCUGGUGGACGAAAUCAACACCCAAUGACAACAAGCCCAUCUGGUUCGAGGCUGACAUGAAUGGUGGCACCAGGUUCCGCUACGGCAACAAGGAGGAACAACCAAACGCGGUGGCCGUGCAGCUGAAGUUGCUGCAGCUUUUGUCCAAAGAGUCGCACCAGAACAUCACCUACCACUGCAGGAACAGCGUUGCUUACAAAGACGAGAACAGUGGGAAUCUGAAGAAAGCGCUGGUCCUCAGAGCCUUCAACGGUCAAGAACUGAGAGCCCAAGGCUCCAACCGGCUACGAUAUACCGUCAUUGAGGAUGGCUGCUCGAAAUCAAGUGACGCAUGGGGUCGGACGGUGAUUGAGUACAGGACUCAAACUUCAACCAGGCUGCCUAUCAUGGACUUGGCCCCCAUGGACAUCGGACAAGCUGAUCAGGAGUUUGGCCUGGACAUCGGCCCUGUGUGCUUCUCAUAAAACUAGAAUCCCCAACACAGGGUUGACUGAAACUGAGUAACAUCAUCAUCAGGAAUUAUAGGAAACAGGACAGGGAAGGGGGGACUUCUUUUUCUGGGAGAAAGACGAAGGCCAGAUGUUUCACAGAAGUUGCUGAAGCACAGCGAACGAGAGCUUCGCAAACUGCUAGGAUAUAAUUUAUUCACCUCUUCGAUAAAUUCACCGAACUCUACACGAGUUCUCUGCGGUUUAGAUGGAAUGUAACCUUGCAUGAACUGUGGAAAAGUCUUUGCAGACGAGUUAACAUAAGAAGUGAAGGUUUACAGUGAAUAAAAGCAUUCAAACCUUUUCAUUUUUAUGGCUUUUUUUUUUCAGUACAUGCACAUCGAAAGGCCAGGAUAGAGAGACAGACAGAGAGAGAGAGACAGAGAGAGUUAACAGUAGUUAUUAAUUUUCAUUGAAAAUUAUGUUUGAACCUAAAUUAUUAAGUUUUGUGCAGAAACUCAUUUAGCGGAAACCAUUUGUAUCUCCUUUUUAACACGACUGUAAAUGCAAAGAAUGACUGUAAAUGACAAAUUAUUUGUUUAUUGUUGACUAUGGAUGUUUGAAUAAAAUGUCUUUCUUUGGACUGA